AUGACAGAGGGAAGUAACAAACAAUCAAUCCAGGAACUGGUGCCUUUGUUUGAGGACAACAUAAAACAAAUAAGACUACAACAACAAGACAUCAACAAGAACCUUCGCGUCUCACUUACAUUUGUCCUCGAUCCCUCAAGGACUGAGAGACAAGGGAAAGGUAAGAGAGAGGGAGAGAGAGAGAGAGCGAGAGGAGAGAGAGAGAGAGAGAGAGAGAGAGAGAGAGAGAGAGAGAGAGAGAGAGAGAGAGAGAGAGUGAGGGAGGAGAGAGGGAGAGAGAGAGAGAGAGAGGAGAGAGGAGAGAGAGAGAGAGAGAGGAGGAGGAGAGAGAGAGGAGAGGAGAGAGAGAGAGAGAGAGGAGAGAGAGAGAGAGAGAGAGAGAGAUAUAACAUGCAAUGAAUGCAAAACAGUAACUGCCAGUGAAACCCAUAUGGUUUGACUAUUUUUUAAAUAAAACUGUACACAGACAGAAUAUGUUUUAAAAACGUCUUCAGAGACUGAAUGCCAGCAAUGAGAUUUGACAGAUUAUUUAAUUUACAUCAAUUGAAUAUACAAUCUACUGUAUUAUUUUGUGUAUUGUUGUGUUAAAUGUAUAUUGAUAAGGCUGUAUUCUAAUUGUGUAAAUUGUUUAUUAAGCUGAUCUACAUAGCCAGGAACCCAAACGAUGUUGCCGUGUCCUUAUUUCAUCUCCACAAUUUCACGAAAGUCUGACUUUCAUGAACCUGACUUUGAUACAUUUCUGAUUAAAUUUCAUGAGGGGUGGUGGGGGGGGGGGGGUGGUGGGGGGUAAGCAUAUCUCAGAAGUUUAAACACAUUUAUUGCCUAUUCAAAACAUGUCCAAAGUGUCAACGUGAAAUACCCCACACAUUUUUCUUUCUUAGUUCUCGGGGGCUCUUGGUUUGAUCAUGUUGCGGAUUGGUAUGCUCAUAAAGAUGAAUUUGACAUCCUUUUCCUGACAUAUGAAGAUAUGAUCAAGGUAAGUUAAUUUCUAUAAUAGAUAAAAUUACAUAACAGUGGAUAAUAUACACUGAGUGGACAAAACUUUAGGAACACCUACUCUUUCCAUGACAUAGACUGACCAGGUGAAUCUAGGUGAAAGCUAUGAUCCCUUAUUGAUGUAAUCUGUUAAAUAUACUUAAAUCAGUGUAGAUGAAGGCGAAGAUACAGGUUAAAUAAUAAUUUUUAAGGGUGAAUAAUUCAGAGGGUGAAUGGGCAAGACAAAAUAUUUAAGUGCCUUUGAACGGGGUAUGCCAGGCACACCUCUUUGAGUGUGUCAAGAACUGCAACGCUGCUGUUAAUUUUUUUUUUUAACAGUUUCCUGUGUGUAUACAGAAUGGUGUACCACCCAAAGGACAUCCAGCCAAUUUGACACAACCGUAGAACGCUUUCGACACCUUGUAGUCCAUGCCCCGACGAAUUGAGGCUGUUCUGAGGGCAAAAGGGAGGUGUUCCUAAUGUUUCGGACACUCAGUGUAUUGCUGAGACUAGUAAUCAAACUAUAACAAUUGCUUUCAGGACACACGAGGAGCAGUUGUCAGGAUAUCAAACUUCUUGGGUAAAAAACUGGAUGACCAAACCAUUGACAUAAUAGUGGACAAAUCCUCCUUCAAGAACAUGAAGGAAGACCCACAGGCUAGACGUGAUAAACAGCAUCCAGCAUUUUUUGAACAAAGUGGAUCCUUUAUUAGAAAUGGUAGGGCAUCUAUGUUAUCCACAUUAAUAAAGUCAAUUUCAACUAUUGGUUACAAAAUUCAACAAGGAAAAGAUCACUAAAAAUAAUGCCCUCAAAAUACUGUCUGUUCUGUCUCUAACCAGGGACGGUUGGGGACUGGAAGACUAUGUUCACUGUGGCCCAGAGUGAGAGGUUUGACGAGAUCUACAUGGAGAAGAUGAAAGACCUGCCUCUUGAAUUUGACUGGGAGCUGUGA